AAAAAAAAAAGCAGACACCCUCCAUUCACAAACUCCUAUAAAUAACCCUUCUCUUCCAUAUUAUGGUAUGUUUAUUUCUCUCCAAUAAAUUCCUAUAAACUCCAUUUCUCGAAAAGAAAAAUGUGCAGAGGAAGUAAAGAAGGCGAAGAAGAAAGUCCACCAAUUUCAUUUUGCAAAGGGCCUUUGGAAGAAGGACAAGAAUCCACAAUUGUCUCUACAAUUUCAUGUGAACUCUGUAAAUCAGAGGCCUCUGUUUAUUGUCAAGCCGAUAAUGCAUUUCUUUGCUGGAAAUGCGAUAAAUGGGUUCACGCUGCUAAUUUCUUGGCUCGGAGACAUAUAAGGUGUCUUCUUUGCGGUGUUUGUAGAAGAUUAAUGCGGCGGUUUCUGAUCGGAGCUUCAUCGGAGGUGGAUUUUCUGGCGAGUGUUGGUUUGGUACAGAGAAGGAGUAGGAGAAAUGAAGAUUGUGAGGUGAUUGUAAGGUGCGGAUAUAUGUGGAAUACUAACUUAUGAAAAUAGAUUUAUUAUAUGUAUAAUGAAUCUAUUUUUCUUUGUGCGUAGAUAUUUCUUAAAUUUUGUUUCAAUAUCUUUUAAUAAUU